UAUUUGGGAAUCAAAAUGAUUUGGUUGCAGUGCUUGUGUCUUGUGUCUGUUGUUCUAUCUUCCCUGGCAAAUCCUGAGAUAUGUAAAGUUGAUCCGGAGAGUGAGAGAUGCAAGCAUUUAAAUCACGAAGAGUCUAUGCAUCCACGACCAAAAGAACCCGUGAAUGGACCCAGAUCAUCAGGGUAUCCAUGGGAAAAAUCAACGAACUACUGGAGAACUCUUGGAUAUCAGCACGUUGCAGAAAAGAUCAAUAGGAAAUUGAAUAUGAACCGUGCAAAGAAUAUUGUCUUCUUCAUUGGCGAUGGGAUGAAUUUGGCAACAAUUUUUGCAGCUAGAAUGGCUCUUGGUGGUGAAGAGAAGAAAGUUUCCUUUGAGGAAUUUCCCUACACUGGACUUGCAAAGACCUAUUGCGUGGAUGCUCAAGUAGCAGAUUCUGCUUGUACGGGAACAGCCUACAUGUGUGGUGUUAAAACCAACUACUACACCCUCGGUGUUAAUGCUAAGGUACCUCUAGGUGACUGUAAGGCUGGUCUGGAUCCUGCUACGCAUGUAGACAGCAUUUCCAAGUGGGCCCUAGAUGCAGGGAAGUCAGCUGGUCUUGUUACCACAACAGCCGUCACUGAUGCCUCACCUGCAGCUGGCUAUGCUCACAUAGCUGAUCGCCUGUGGGAGAAUGACUUUAUUGUACGCGAAAGUGGAUGUGAUCCGAAAAUUGUUAAAGAUAUUGCCAGGCAGCUUAUUCAUGGACCGGUUGGAAGUCGCCUAAGUGUUAUUAUGGGUGGUGGACGUGGUCACUUUAGGGAUGCCACGAUGCGUGAUGAGGAAGGUGGCUAUGGGUACCGCAAUGAUUCUCGCGAUUUGAUAAAUGAAUGGCUGCACGAUGGCAAAUCCAAUAAACACUACGUUUGGAAUAGGAAGGAUCUACUUAAUCUACCUGCAAAUACAGAGAGAGUUCUUGGACUCUUUGAAAAGGACCACAUGCAGUACUAUUUGGAAAGUCAAGCAAGACGAACGCAAAGCACUGAACCUACCUUGGAAGAAAUGACGAGGGUGGGAAUAGAUAUUUUAAAGAAGAACAAGAAUGGAUUCUUCCUAUUUGUCGAAGGUGGUAAGAUUGAUCUGGCACAUCAUGAUAACUUAGCUCGAACAGCCGUUGGUGAAGCAACAGAACUCCAUAAAGCUGUUAAGGCUGCAAGGGAGAUGCUAAGUGAAGAGGAUACACUGAUUGUUGUAACUGCGGAUCAUGCUCAUGCAAUGGACAUUUCCGGAUAUCCGACCAGAGGCAAUGAUAUCUUUGGUGAAGUUGAUCGUGAUGUAGCUAAAGACGGCAUGCCUUACAUGACACUCAGCUACACGACAGGAACUGAGUUUUCCGAUCAAGUGUCUGCCACAGGAGGACGAGUCAAUCCAAAUAAUUUCGACUACAGAAAAUGGUCAUCGUACUUUCCAUUUUACGUACCAAUGGACUCUGCUACACAUGCAGGAGAUGAUGUAGCAGUUUAUGCUUCUGGACCGUUUGCUCAUCUCUUCGAAGGAACAAUGGAGCAAAGCAAUCUACCCUACUUGAUGGCCUAUGCUGCCUGUAUUGGUGGUGGACCUAAAAAAGACUGUCCUAAGGUAUACUUUCAAGAGGAAGAGGGUACAUAGCAACGUACAUAGACGAUUUUUAGCAUAAUUUUACAGUUAUGCUACAGAAACAUACUUUGACAACAUAGAAGGAUCCUUUUAAUACACAAAUUAAUUUU